CCUCCGGCCCCGGCCCAUCCCGUCGCCGCUGCAUGGGGCCCCCCGGGCCAGCCUGACCCCUCGCCGAAGCCCCUGUGCCCCCGGAGACGGGCCCCGCCGAGGAGCCGCGACGGGACCCCCCGGCUGCCCGUCCCCGGCCGGGACCCCCGGAGCCCGGAGAGACCCCGCCGAGCCCCCUGGACCCCGGCCGGACUCCCCCGACAGCCGGCGAGACCCCCCGGCUCAGCCCAUUGCUGGAGCGGAUACCCCGGCCCGCGGCGAGACCCCUCCCCGGGGCCAGGGACCGCCGAGGGCCCCAGGAGCCGGCACCCCUGGGGACCCCCCAGCUGUCCCCGCCGGGGCCAAGCACGCCUGGAGCCCCGCACGGAGGCCCCGGUCCCCCGGCCGCAGCCCCGCUCCCGGGCUGGCCCCGGGCCGCCGCGGGUCCCGGUUCCUGGGCUGGGGGCAGCCGGGCUGAGCCGGGCUGAGCCGGGCUGAGGCGGUCCCCAGCCGGAGCGGAGGCCGUGGGGUGCCAGGAGCCCCGGGGGACCCUGCGACUGCCCGGCUCCAUGGCGGCCAAGUGGUUCAAGGAGUUCCCAUCCAACCUGAAGACGGUUUCGGAGAGGGCUCGGCCGGGAAGCGGGAGCCUCGGCAAGAGCCGCAAGAAUUCAACCGCUGAGCUGGGGGGCUACCGGGCGGCUGGGGGUGGCAAGGAAGGGGGCAGCCGGCUGUCAAGGGACAACCUGCAGGGUCUGCUCCAGGCCGCCACCGGGAAGAUGAGGAAGAAUUCCAGAGUGGAGGGAGGCACAGCAGAGGGACCCUCCAAAACCUACAUCAACCGCCUCAUCAAGGUGGAGGCUUCCGAGAAGAACGGGAAGGGGAGCCCUGGAGCCCUGCCUGGCAGCCUGCCUGCCCCCGAGCAGGACAAGGGGAAGCCCCCCAAAACAGAGACGGUCAUCAUCCUGGAGGAUUACGCAGACCCUUACGAUGCCAAGCGGACCAAGGGGCAGCGGGAUGCCGAGCGCCUGGGGGAGAACGAUGGGUACAUGGAGCCCUACGAUGCCCAGCAGAUGAUCACAGAAAUUCGUCGUCGUGGCUCCAAGGACCCCCUGGUCAAAGCCAUCCUGCUGUUGGACGGUCCUGGAGAGCCUGGGGAGGGGGGUGCCAAACUGGAUCUUGCCAAACGACCAGGGGGCAAGGAAGUGGCAGGGAAGGGGCCACAGCUCUAUGACACCCCUUAUGAGCCUGGGGAGGGGGUGGCCGGGGGGACCCCAGAGCGCAGGGGGAGGGCUGGUGAUGGGCGCCUGCCUGAGAACGACGAGCGCCCGGCGGGGGAGUAUGAGCAGCCCUGGGAGUGGAAGAAGGAGCAGAUUGUCAAAGCACUGUCAGUCCAGUUCGAGGGCUCGGAGCGCCCUAAGGAGGAGACGCUGCGGCAGCAUCUACGGCAGAAGAGCUGGACCCCCAAGAUGCUGAAGCCGGCGGGCACCGAGCACAGCGAGGGGGAGCGGGUGGACCCUGCCCUGGCACUGGAGAAACAGCCCUGGUUCCACGGGGCCAUCACGCGGGCCGAGGCCGAGAGCCGGCUGCAGCCGUGCCGGGAGGCCGGGUACCUGGUGCGCACCAGCGAGAGCGGCAGCGGCAAGUACUCCAUCGCGCUCAAGACCAGCCAGGGCUGCGUCCACAUCAUCGUGGCCCAGACCAAGGACAACAAGUACACGCUCAGCCAGGCCAGCGGAGUCUUCGCCAGCAUCCCUGAGGUUGUGCACUACUACUCCACCGAGAAGCUGCCCUUCAAGGGGGCUGAGCACAUGGCCCUGCUGCACCCCGUCCACUGCAAGCUGCAUUAGCGUCUGCGACUGAGGCAGCCGAGGGCAUCUGUCACAUCUCCAGUCCUGAAGGGACUCCUGGACUUCAGCAGGGCUGUCCCCCUUUUGCUGGGACAAAUCCCGACCACCCUGUGCCAGAACCUCCCACGUGUCCGAGGUGGGAGCACGCAGUGAGACUGGGACCUGUAAUGAUUUAGUAAAAUAAACUUGUUGCCUGCGAA